GAGCGAUAGGCGCAAUCCACUUACCCUUUCGAACAGAGUUUAGAUAUCGUGCCAACUUUUUAUUAGAAAACAACUACUCGAAUUUAAAGAUUUUCCAAGGACAAUAAUCCUCACAAGUCAGGUUGGAACAAUGCUAUCCAUUAUAAAAAAUUUCGCUUUAAUGGUGCUUCUUCUGUCCACUUGUCAUCAGAUAUGUGAAUUUCGAAGUUUGGGAAGAAAAGAAAGAAGUCUCAUUGAUCUAGCAGAAAUGGUUAAAAUCACAACUGGAAGAAACGGAACGGAUUUCGUUCCCUAUGGUAAUUGGUGCGGGAUGGGAGGCAGUGGAAAAGCUAUAGAUCCUAUUGAUGAUUGUUGUCGUCGUCACGAUCUCUGUUACAUAGAUAAGCUCGGAAAAGAAUGCAAUUCCAUUUUCAAUCUCUACGUCGCAAAUUAUAAAUGGAUCAACGCAGGAGGAAAAAUUUCUUGCUCAAUUGAAGACACUAAUCCUUGCAAUCGAGCAACAUGUGCCUGUGAUCGAGAAGUAGUAUUUUGUUUAGCUAAAAAUAUCAAGGAAUAUAAAGAAGAGCACAGAUAUGUUAGAUCUGCAUUGAAGACUUGAUGUAAUAAAUUAAUAUUUUGAGAUAUUAAAUAAGCAUAAUCGUUUAAUACAAAAAUAUAUUUUAAAAAAAUUAGAGAAAUAAAUGUUUA